UCAUGCUGCUGCGAAGUCCAGAAAAGAGUCUCUCAUGGGUCCCUGUACGGCCUCCCAUUGCUUGCUGUCUCCAUCGCUCCACACUCUGCCAUGUGCCACUUUCAGGUCUCCUCACACACUGCUGGUGUGUUCCAUUUUUUUGUCAUAGGGUGCUGGCAGAUUACGGGCCUCCCAUAGCUGCUGCCAGGCCCUUAAUCUGCCAUGGGCCCCUAUACCGCCUCCUCAUGCUGCUGCGAAGUCCAGAGUCUCUCAUGGGUCCCUGUACGGCCUCCCAUUGCUGCUGUCUCCAUCGCCACACUCUGCCAUGUGCCACUUUCAGGUCUCCUCACACACUGCUGGUGUGUUCCAUUUUU